AUGCUGAAACGGGGUCUAGGAGGUUCAACUAAAAAAGAAAUUGAGUCCGCGUUGGGAAUUAAAAAUCCAGUGACCAAAAACGUUGCUAAGCAGAUUAUCAAUGCUUUAAAUGAAUCUUCUGGCACUGAAUUUACCUUGAAAACAGCAAACGGCCUAUUUGUUCAUGAAAAUUUUAGACUUUUUCCAAACUUUGUUCUACAUUUGUUGAACAAUUUCGGUGCGAGCGUAAAAUCGGUGCAAUUCGGUUCAAAGGAUGGUGAAAAAAUAGUCAAUGAUUGGGUCGCAGAAAAAACCAAUGGGGCGAUUCAGAAUAUUCUAGAAAGAAAGUCCAUUGACGACAAAGUCGCACUCGUAAACGCAAUUUACAUGAAAGCUAAAUGGGUUCAGCCUUUUGAUAAAGAGUUGACAACCAUAGGCGCGUUUGUAACUCCAAGUCGUUAUGUCAAGAUUCCAAUGAUGCGCCAAACCGGAAAGUUUCUGUACUUAGAGGGAAACAAAUGCGCUUUGGCAUUCUUUCCGUAUCAGAAUUUAAAUCUAGAAAACUCCUGGGAAUUGGGAGUAGUUAAAACAGAUCCUAGCGUGAAUCCCACGACUAUGUUGGGAUAUUUGAGAGCAGACGCGCUGGAAAAACUGAGAUCAAGAUGUGAAAUGAGAAACUUGGACGUGAAAUUGCCCAAGUGUAAAAUCGAGACUUCAGUUGAUUUGGGGGCAGUCCUGAAAGAUGUAUUUGGGAUACGAGAGGUGUUCGAUCCAGAUCAAGCAGACUUCUCAGGAAUGAGUGCCUUCACUUCUAAACUACAUCUUAGCAAAGCUACUCAGAAAUGCUUCAUCCAAAUUGACGAAGAAGGAACGGAGGCCGCAGCUGCAACCUCACUUACGAUUUCAACUCGAUCGCCGGCUACGAUGCAACUCAUCGAGAGGUUCCACGUAAAUUCGCCAUUCGUGUACUUCGUAUAUCAACCGAAAAGUGGAAUUGUGUUGUUUCAGGGAAUAAUGAAUGAUCCGAGUAUUUAG